UGUGGCAGAAGAGUUGUUGGUAAGUUUGCUUCCACAAACCUAUAAGGAUUGUGCGAUCCAUAGAGUUUAGCAAAUGGGACCUUUGGGACGUCUGGUCGUCAUAAGACGGACCGGGAGCGACGGUACCCAUUUUCCGUUGUGUCGCGACACCUGCUUAUUUGGAAGGGGCAUCGAAUGCGACAUCCGCAUCCAGCUUCCUGUGGUCUCCCAGCAACACUGCAAAAUCGACAUCCGGCAGCAGGAGGCACUAUUGAUUAAUUUCAGUACCACCAAUCCAACACAAUUAAAUGGAGCCCCUUUUAAUGAACCAGUAAAACUCAAACAUGGAGAUAUAAUAACCAUUAUUGAUCGAUCUUUCAGGUUUGAAUCUGGAAGUUUCCCUGAAGGAAGCAACUCCACUGAAUGUCCAGAACAACAACGCAAAGAGGAAUCAGUGAGACAAGCUGAAGAUGCUACUGACUCAGAAAAGCUCUCCUCUGAAAAGAAAGGGAGGAUUCCUACAAAUGCUAAUGCUUCACUUCAGUCCACAGACACAGAUGUACAACAACAGAAAUUUCCCGCUCAAGUACUUUCUCAAAUCAAAAGAAAAACUCCGAACGCUUCUCCCAGGAAACCUAAGAUGAGACUUGGAUAUCCUGAAGUCACUUCAUCUCACACAAGCAGCUUUGAUGAUUCUACAUCAGAUAUCACUGAAAAUAAGAGUGAAGAAAUGUCAUUCAAGAGACGCAGGGUCUCCUUCGGUAGUCUUCUCAGACCCGAGUUAUUUGAUGAGAAUUUGCCACCUAACACACCUCUCAAACGAGGAGAAACCCCGGGAAAACGAAAGUCUCUUGGGAUCCCUGCUCCAACUGUUCUUAAGAAGAUCAUGAGGGAACAAUCCCCAGCACCAGAGAAAGGAGAGUCUUCUUCAAAUGUCCUUUCGGAAGCAAAGUCAUCAACUGCCUCCAACAGCAGCAAAUCUCAAAGGCCUAAUAAUCUGAAGAGAAGGAGUGAGAAAAUACCUUCCAGGAGAAAGUCCGUUGAUAAAAACACCCUGCAGAUAAUUUUUCCCAAAAGGAGGAGUAGUACUUCUAAAGCAAAAUUACCUGGUGGCAAAUCCUGGGCAGAUGUAGUAAAAUUGGGUGCUAAAAAACAACAAAUUAAAAAUAUAAAGCAAGACUCUCAAAGACACAUCAGUAAAAAGCAAAGAAGGAAGCCUACUCCGCAGAAGCCUCUGGACCAUAUUGAAAACCCCUUUAGCACUGGCCAUGCAAACUCCCCCUGUACAGUAAUCAUAGGGAGAGCUCAUGUGGAUAAAGUAAAUGUUCCUGCUCGACCCUACAGAAUGCUAAACAACUUUAUUUUGAACAAAAAAAUUACCUACACUGAAGAUUUGUCAGGACUGACCGAAAUGUUCAAAACUCCAGGGAAAGAAAAGCCGCAGAGAACCAACGUGUGUCCUGACAGUAUCAAAAGAUCAGAGAUGGUGUUUGAAGAAGCUAAGUUAGGAGAAAAACCUGAAACUCUGGAUGUUAUUGAUAAAAUACUACUUCCAACAAAACAAGAAGUAGAGGUUGAAGACAUCUCACAGAAACCUUCAAAACAGAAGCCGAAACCAGGAGAAACUCUAGCAGCCUUGAAGACAUGGCUGAAAGCACCUAAUGUAAGCCCAGAGCUCUUGGAAGACCUGUGCAGCAAGAAAGAUCGAACACCAACACCAGAAUCACCACGUAAAUCAAUAAGUGGUGAUGUCCCUAGAAAGAUCUGGAAAACGACAAAAUGCACACCAGAGUCAAGAGAAAUGACAAGAAUGUCCCCAAGAUUGUGGAGAAACCCUUGUGCAAGCCUAGAGCUCAGGGAAAACCUGACUGGCAUGAAUGAUCAUAUGCGAACACUGAAAUCACCAGGAGAGUCAAUAAGUAAUGAAAAAGUCCACACAGAGAUUCAGAAAACUCCAAAACGCACACCAAAGUCAGGAAAAACGUCUAGAAAGGCCCUGAGUCUGCUGAGAAACACUAGUGCAAGCCCAGAGCUCGUGGAAGACCUGGCCAGCAUGAAAGAUCAAACGCCAACACCAGAAUCACUAGGGGAGCCAAGUGGUGAUGACCACAGAGAGAUUCAGAAAACUCCAAAGAGCACACCCAAGUCAGGAGAAACACCAAGAUUGUCCUUGAGAUUGCUGAGAGACCCUACUGCAAGCCCAGAGCUCGCUGAAGACCUGGCUGGCAUAAAAGAUCAAACGCCAACACCAAAAUCACCAGGAGAGUCAAUAAGUAAUGAAGAAGUCCACAGAGAGAUUCAGAAAACUCCAAAACAAACACCAAAGUCAGGAGAAACAUCAAGAAAGUCUCUGAGACUGCAGAGAAACCCUAGUGCAAGCCCAGGGCUCGUGGAAGACCUGGCCAGUGUGAAAGAUCAAACACCAAUACUAGAAUCACCAGGGGAGUCAGUAAGUGGUGAUGACCACAAAAAGAUUCAGAAAACUCCAAAAUGCACUCCCAAAUCAGGAGAAACACCAAGAAUGUCCUUGAGACUGCUGAGAGACCCUAUUGGAAGCCCAAAGCUCGUGGAAGACCUGUCUGGAAUGAUCGAUUCUACACCAGCACUGGAGUCAGGAGCAGAGUCAAUAAGUGGUGAAGAAGUCCACAGAGAGAUUCAGAAAACUCCAAAACGAACACCAAAGUCAGGAGAAACACCAAGAAAGUCCCUGAGACUGCAGAGAAACCCUAGUGCAAGCCCAAAGCUCAUGGAAGACCUGGCCAGCGUGAAAGAUCAAACGCCAACACUGGAAUCACCCGGGGAGUCAGUAAGUGGUGAUGACCACAGAAAGAUUCAGAAAACUCUAAAACGCACACCCAAAUCAGGAGAAACACCAAGAAUGUCCUUGAGACUACUGAGAGACCCUACUGCAAGCCCAGAGCUCGUGGAAGACCUGUCUGGAAUGAUCGAUUCUACACCAGCACUGGAGUCAGGAGCAGAGUCAAUAAGUGGUGAAGAAGUCCACAGAGAGAUUCAGAAAACUCCAAAAUGGACAGCAAAGUCAGGAGAAACACCAAGAAAGUCCCUGAGACUGCAGAGAAACCCUAGUGCAAGCCCAGGGCUCAUGGAAGACCUGGCCAGCGUGAAAGAUCAAACGCCAACACUGGAAUCACCAGGGGAGUCAGUAAGUGGUGAUGAGCACAGAAAGAUUCAGAAAACUCUAAAACGCACAUACAAGUCAGGAGAAACACCAAGAAUGUCCUUGAGACUGCUGAGAGACCCUACUGCAAGCCCAGAGCUCGUGGAAGACCUGUCUGGAAUGAUCGAUUCUACACCAGCACUGGAGUCACGAGCAGACUCAGUAAGUGGUGAAGAAGUCCACAGAGAGAUUCAGAAAACUCCAAAACGGACACCAAAGUCAGCAAAAACUCCAAAAAUGUCCAUGAGUCUGCUGAGAAACCCCCGUCCAAGCCCAGAGUUCGCUGAAGAUCUGCCUAGCAAAAAAGAUCAUAUGCCAGCACUGAAAUCACCAGGAGAGUCAGUAAAUAAUGCAGAAGUCCACAGAGAGAUUCAGAAAACUCCCCAACGGACACCAAAGUCAGGAGAAACUCCAAGAAUGUCCCUGAGACUGCUGAGAAACCCUAGUAUAAACCAAGAGCUCUUACAAGACCUGGCUGGCAUAAAAAAUCAUAAGCCAACACUGAAAUCACCAGGGGAGUCAAUAAGUGGUGAUGACCACAGAGAAAUUCGGAAAACUCCAAAAUGCAUACCCAAGUCAGGAGAAACACCAAGAAUGUCCUUGAGACUGCUGAGAGACCCUACUGCAAGCCCAGAGCUUGUGGAAGACCUGUUAGGAAUGAUCGCUCCUAUGCCAGCACUGGAGUCAUCAGCGGAGUCAAUAAGUGGUGAGGUCCACAGACAGACUCAGAAAACUCCCAAACGGACACCAAAGUCGGGUGAAACUCCAAGAAUGUCCCUGAGACUGCUGAGAAACCCUAGUGCAAGCCCAGAGCUUGCUGAAGACCUGGCCAGCAUGAAAGAUCAUACACCUGCACUGAAAUCACCAAGAGAGUCAAUAAGUAAUGAAAAAGUUCACACAGAAAUUCAGAAGACUCCAAAAUGGACACCAAAGUCAGGAGAAACUCCAAGAAUGUCCCUGAGUCUGCUGAGAAACCCUAGUGCAAGCCAAGAGCUUGUGGAAGACCUGGCCAGCAUGAAAGAUCAAAUGCCAACAAUGAAAUCACCAGAGGAAUCAGUAAGUGGUGAUGACAACAGAAAGAUUCAGGAAACUCCAAAAUGCACAUCAAAGUCAGCGGAAACGCCAAGAAUGUCCCUGAGAUUGUUGAGAAGCCCUAGUGCAAACCCUGAGCUCGUGGAAGACCCGGCCAGCAUGAAAGAUCAAACACCAACGCUGGAAUCACCAGGGGAGUCAGUAAGUGGUGAUGACCACAGAAAGAUUCAGAAAACUCCAAAACACACACUGAAGUCGGGAGAAACACCAAGAUUGUCCUUGACACUGUUGGGAGACCUUAGUGCAAGCCCAGAGCUCGUGGAAGACCUGUCCGGAAUGAUAGCUCCUAUGCCAACACUGGAAUCAGCAGCAGAGUCAAUAAGCGGUGAAGAAGUCAACAGAGAGAUUCUGAAAACUCCAAAAUGCACACCAAAGUCAGGAGAAAUGCAAAGAAAGUCCCUGAGACUGCUGAGAAACCCCAGUGCAAGCCAAGAGCUUGUGGAAGACCUGGCUGGCAUAAAUGAUCAUAUGCCAACACUGAAAUCACCAGGAGAAUCAAUAAGUAAUGAAGAAGUCCACAGAGAGAUUCAGAAAACUCUAAAACACACACCAAAGUCAGAAGAAAGUCCAAGAAUGUCCCCGAGAUUGUGGAGAAAUCCUAGUGCAAGCCCAGAGCUCAUGGAAGACCUGUCUGGAAUGAAUGAUCAUAUGCCAACACCGAAAUCACCAGGGGAGUCAAUAAGCAAUGAAGAAGUCCACAGAGAGAUUCGGAAAACUCCAAAAUACACACCAAAGUCAAGAGAAACUCCAAGAAUGUCCCUGAGUCUGCUGAGAAACCCUAGUGCAAGUCCAAAGCUCGUGGAAGACCUGGCUGGCAUAAAAGAUCAAACGCCAACAGCGAAAUCACCAGGGGUGUCAAUAAGUUGUGAUGACCACAGAAAGACUCAGAAAACUCCAAAACACACACUCAAGUCAGGAGAAACUCCAAGAAUGUCCCCAAGACUCUGCAAAGACCCUAAUGCAACCCUAGAGCUCGUGGAAGACCUGGCCAGCAUGAAGGAUCACACGCCAACUCCAAGGGAACCAGAUGAACCAGAAUCCCUAGUAAGCCCAAUAGGCAAGUCACUGUUGAGGCCACCAUUGAAAAUAAAACCGGAACCAGUGGAGGCCCUGACACUGAACCUCUUAAAAACUCCACCUCAAACUGUGCCACCAGAACACCAGGCAGUCAACACGAAACUCGGGGCAGCUCCCAGAGAAGAGUCAGAGCCUCUGACGGGCGUCAGAAAACAUCUGAGAAAUUCUACCAAAAAAAUAGCCCCAGUAGAAGAGCCGACAGGCAUCAAGACCCCCGUAAGAACGCCAAAGCGUUCAUAUGAAUGGAUGGGAAAUCUGUCAGGUUUGAAGAGCCUUAUGAAGACUCCCAGAGUUCGUCCAGAAGAAGAUAGCACACAUAUUGCCAAGUUUCUGACAGAAAGUGAUUCAGGUAUUCUCACAAGUCCAGAGAAAUUACAAGAAAGCCAGGUGCUUCGAAGACCUGUCACAAAAGGAAGUCCAGUUGAAGACUUGGAGCCGCCAAAGCUUAUGGAAGUUGCCUCUGCUGCAUUUGAAGAAACAUCUGAUUCAGCAACUAAAAAUAAGGAUGGACCAGGAGGCAGUCAAGAAAACCCCUCUUGUAAUCCUUGUGAAGAUGAAUUCCAGACUAAUGCCUCUGAAAAAAACAUGGAAGACAGUGGUAUAAAUCAAAGGACAAGAUAUGCCCUCAGAAACAAAGGGGGUCCAGAAUUGCAAGAAUCUAAACAUUUGCCGCAUCAGACAGAGAAAGUGGAAUCAGAAACGAAUGUAAAGACAACUGAGCCAAGUAUUCAGGCAAAUCUGCGUCAGGGAACAUCCCUCCGUUCCAGACGUAGAUGCAAAGCGGAUACAGAAGUGCAAGAGUCUCAACUGCUUCCAUCAACAGAAACAAUUCAAAUAAAUAAAGGUGAAAUGAAGACUCUGAAGAGCUCCCAAAAGAAAACCUCAGAAGAUGGACCUAGGAAAGAAAAGGCAGUAACCUUAAGAUCCAGGGGAAGAAGUAAAACUGGUAUAAAUUUGCCAGAAACUGAGAGUUUGGCUAGUUUAGCAGAGGUUAUAUACACAGAGGAAGAUGACAAACCAAUGGAGAGUUUGCAAGAAAAAAUCAAACCUACAAGUGAAGAGAAGAUAGUUUUAAGAUCUAGGAAGAAAACCAACUCUAAUUUUGGCCUAGUGACACGCUCAAAUAAAAUCUUUCCUGCUAAGACAGAAGAACCUGAUGUUUCAUCUAGUACAGCAGCUAGAGUGUCUGUGAGCAAUGAUGAGAAGACUGUUACCCAUUCCUUGGACAAAGUCUUCACAGAGAAGAUUGCAACUCGAGGGCUUAGAUCUAGAUGUGGACCCGGGACAAUAAACCCAGGCUCUGAGGCCUGUCAUAGCCCACUUAGUACAACUGAGAAAGCCGACUCAGGGGAGGUUGGGAAGACACGAGGGAGGAAACACCAGAAGUGCAAAGAGACGGCACUAAAAGAAGAAGCACGCGUGAAGACAAGGCACCAGAGGACACAUCUUGGUGAGGAAACGCAGCACUCCCACUCUCUGCCUGCUCCACCCCUGCCGUUCCGGCCAAUCGCAGCCGAGCGCGCCCGAUUUCGAAUCCCCGGGCUCCUCCCGCGCCUGCGCGGCAGUGGCAUUCCGAUGCACGGCUUCUACCUGACAUUUUCAGGGCUAUGGCUUACAUUUCCCUGGGUGCUGUUUCUAGAAAAGGGAGCUGUGGAAAGACCUGGCUCACAGGCGUUCACCUUCAGGGUCGGGAAAGAGGAGCAGGUGUGA